CUGCUGUCCGAUUGGUGGCUCCUCUGCUCAGAGAGGCCGACUAACUGACUGAGUGGACGGGGAAGCGAAACUCUCAAUGUCAAAGGAUCCAGGAUCAGCUGUUAGCUGUCGAUCCGCCCCAUCGUCCACUGAUAACAUCAGCGAUCGUUAACAGGAGCAAAGCAGCGGCUCCUGUGAAGAUUUGAAGUCCGGGCUACUGCAGCUUCACGUCGGUUUCAGGCAGCAUGAACUCCCUACCAGGAAGAGCCGCUCUGUCUUUGUGCAGACGUACGGCGGCGGGCGGCAUGAGGGUCCUCGCCGGCUCCCCGGGCCACUCUUCCAGGGGUGCACCGGCCUUCCUCCAGGCUGUGCGGGUCUGCCACUCCGGGACGAGCCGCAAGGGCAGCGUCAGCACCAAGAAGAGGGGCUACGACAUCACCAGAAACCCACACCUCAACAAGGGUAUGGCAUUCACCCUGGAGGAGCGCCUGCAACUGGGCAUCCACGGCCUGCUGCCACCCUGCUUCCUCUCCCAGGACGUUCAAGUGCUGCGCGUCAUGAAGAGCUACGAAACGCGCACCAACCCACUGGACAAGUACAUCCUUCUGAUGACGCUGCAGGACAGAAAUGAAAAACUGUUUUACCGUUUGCUCACCUCUGACAUAGAGGAGUUCAUGCCCAUCGUCUACACUCCCACCGUCGGCCUGGCCUGCCAACAGUACGGACUCGCCUUCAGGAGACCCAGAGGACUUUUCAUCACCAUCCAUGACAGAGGCCACAUCGCCACCAUGCUCAACUCCUGGCCUGAAGAAGACAUAAAGGCCCUUGUGGUGACAGACGGAGAGCGUAUCCUCGGCCUGGGUGACCUGGGGAGUUAUGGGAUGGGGAUUCCUGUGGGAAAGCUGGCUCUGUACACGGCCUGCGGUGGCGUUCGGCCGCAGCAGUGUCUCCCCGUGCUGCUGGAUGUCGGCACGGACAACCAGGCGCUGCUCGAUGACCCCCUCUACAUCGGCCUAAAACACAAGAGAAUCAGAGGGAAGGAGUAUGAUGAGCUGAUCGACGAGUUCAUGCAGGCUGUGACGGACAAAUAUGGGAUGAAUUGCCUGAUACAGUUUGAGGAUUUUGCCAACAGCAACGCGUUUCGCAUCCUCAACAAAUACAGGAAUAGAUACUGCACCUUCAAUGACGACAUCCAAGGAACAGCAUCAGUGGCUGUCGCUGGAAUCCUAGCAGCUCUGAAGAUCACGAAGAAUAAACUGUUAGACCACAAGUUUGUUUUCCAAGGAGCUGGCGAGGCUGCUCUGGGAAUCGCUCACCUGCUCAUCAUGGCCAUGGCCAAAGAGGGAGUGAGCAGAGAAGAGGCCGCCAAGAGAAUCUGGAUGGUUGACUCAAAAGGUCUCAUCGUCAAGGGAAGGAGCCAUCUUAACCAUGAGAAGGAGGAGUUUGCUCACGAUCACCCUCACAUAAAGACCCUGGAGGAGGUGGUGCACACCAUCAAACCCACCACCAUCAUAGGGGUGGCUGCUAUUGGAGGAGCAUUUACAGAGAAGAUUAUCAAAGACAUGGGGUCCUUCAACGAGAGGCCGAUCAUCUUUGCACUGAGUAAUCCAACCAGCAAAGCGGAGUGCACCGCUGAGCAGUGCUAUAAGCUCACAGAGGGUCGGGGCAUCUUUGCCAGUGGAAGUCCAUUUGAUAAGGUGACGCUCUCUGAUGGACGCACCUUCUACCCCGGCCAGGGCAACAACGCCUACGUCUUCCCUGGCGUGGCUUUGGGCGUCAUAGCCUGUGGAGUGCGUCACAUUUCUGACGAUGUCUUCCUCACCACAGCAGAGGCGAUAGCGGACAUGGUGACGGAGGAGCACCUGAAUGAGGGGAGACUUUAUCCUCCUCUAAACACGAUCAGAGAGGUGUCCUUUAAAAUCGCAGUGAAGAUUGUCAACUAUGCAUACAAAAACAACAUUGCAUCAGUGUAUCCUGAGCCUAAAGAUAAGGAGGCGUUCGUGUUGUCUCACAUCUACAGUCCUGAUUACGACUCAUUCACUCUUGACACGUACAGCUGGCCUCAGGAGGCCAUGAACGUCCAGGAUGUGUGAUCGUAAUUGCCUCUGUCUCUUACGUCAACAUGCUGCUGUGGCUUCACAUAUGAUUUCUGCAUCGCCUCCUUUCAGACAUGCUGCCAACUAUUUUGCCUUUUAUCUUAUUUUUUUCUGUUUCCUUCUGUUAUUUUUUUAAUGUUAGUCUCCCAUGUCAGAUAAACAGUUAGGAUUUUUGAAGAAAACAUUCUGCAUUUGGCUCUAGUGUUUGUUGAUUUAUUCAUUCAUGGCCGUAUUGGUUUAAUCAGUGUCUGUUAGUCUUUCUACCUGAUUUAAGUUAAACUGAAAUAAUUUACAGCCACUCAACAGCAUAUCAGCUAUCAAAAGACUUGCCUGUGUAACACUAAAACUACACUCCUUGUAUUAGAUUGUCCAGCUUACAUACCUCAGCGCUCCUAGUGGCUCCAGACUCUUUUAUUGAGCGCUGAAUCAGAGCUAUGACGUAAAAACACAAAGCAGUCACUCACUGAAACGCACAGUGCUUUCUCUUGUCUUCACAAAAACGAACAGAGGAGUUAUUUUGAAACAGAAAAUUUGACAGGAACUCAGUGCCUCUUUCUGUGUGACCUCUUGACAUCACUGUUCUGUUCUAUGAGUGCAAUCCUCUGUUUCUGCUCUGUGAGAAGUAAAUAUGUCAGCUGGCUCACCAGUGUAGCUGCUUCUUCAUAUUUUACACUCCUGUCAGUCUGUACACAUGUUAAACCUGCACACAAGACAGAAAAUACUCCAGAAUCAGACAUAUUUCUGAUCUCUGUCUCUGUGUGACUAAUGCGAGACACUUAUGUUUUGUUGAAUGCGUUUAGAGAUCAGUCUGUGGAGGGAGUAGCAUCACCAUCAGGAGGUUUUUGUAUACAAUGAGUGUUUUUUUCCUUUAGUUUUGUACAGAGCUCUGUCUGUUGUUGUAUUUUUGCCAAAGUUACUGAUGAAAUUAAAUUGUAUCUUAUCUUUGACUCCUAGAGAACAUGAUGCUCUGCCAGCUUUAGUACUGAGAAAUAUGCUUGAAGUUUGUAAAGGGAAUAUGAAAUUUUUUGAAUAAAACUUUCA